AUGAGUCACAAAAGAUCCCGUGGGAAAUAUGAAGCCGACCUACAAACUCAACAAUCACCUUUCACAAUAUAUGGGACGCCACUACCCCCCCGUGACGGAGAUGUCCGAGACGGUGGUUUAUUUGUUCCCGUGUGGAAACAAGAGGUUAGGGACGAGAGAGGCUUAAAACGUCUUCACGGGGCCUUUACUGGAGGGUUCAGUGCCGGUUAUUUCAAUACAGUUGGAUCUAAAGAGGGCUGGACUCCUUCAACGUUCAUUUCAACACGUUCAAACCGGAAAAAAGAUGCCUCGAAUUCUGACUUCCAAAGACCAGAAGAUUUUAUGGACGAAGAGGAUAUCAGGGAUGCGGAAGAUUCACGAAGGGUAGAGACCGCAGUAGGAUAUUCCGGCUUUGCUUCAACCAUUGACGAUAAUCUGAGGAAAGAUGCAUUUGUAGACCUAAUACGGGUGGCUGGAGAAACUAUAGGAGUGAAACUGCUCAAAAAGAUGGGAUGGAAAGAAGGGCAAGGAAUUGGUCCAAGAGUGAGGCGUACGGCCCGAUUAGAUGAUCAUAAUUCAGUGGAGGAAAACAGUGGUGCAAUGCACCUUUUUGCGCCAGAAAAUACGCCUCUGAUCAAACUAGUGAAAAAGAAGGAUCGGUUCGGUUUAGGAUAUUCCAAAGAUUUAAGCAUACAGAACAGUAAAAGAUGUCAAUCUCCGACGGCACUGUCUGAUGAAGAGAACGUAAUUAUGAGUUUUCACGAGUCUAACAUUGUAAAAAAACAGCCCGCGAACAAGGGUUUUGGUGUUGGGAUCCUAAAUGACACAGGAUCAGACGAUGAAGAUCCAUAUGAAGUUGGGCCACAAAUAUCGUACAGUCGUAUCAUCCGAGGAGAAAAAAAAACGAAAAAGAAGUCGCAAAAGUUUGCUUGCACCCCAAGAUUAGUAUCAAAACCGGUGUAUAUACCUAAAAAAGCAAACUUAUUCAAGGGAUCAACAUUACAGAAAUGUCAUGAUGGGCGUUUACCUUUAGAUGGAUUUAUUAUAGGUAGUGGAGGUGAUACUUCCUCUCUUGUUUCAUUUCCAAGCAAGUAUAAGCUACCUGAAGUACCUAAGGACUGGAAACCUAAGCGAUCUAUGGAAAAAGUUGCUAAUAUUAAAUAUUUAUCGACAGCCGACGCAGCCAAAUUGUGUAAACUUAAUCAUAAAUCGAGGGCUUCAAUCCUAGGAGAGGUAGAACUUCCAGGAAAAUCAGUUUUUGACUUUCUUUCUCCAGCAGCUCGUGACCGAGUGGCUGCUGCCUCAGGGAAAGACAAUCUUCCGAAAGCACUGGGCGAGAUACCUAAAGAGUAUAGUAUGUCCAUAGAAGAACGUCAGAAAGAAUUACUCUCUCAAGUUCCAAAAUUAGACAAGCCUACUGCUGACGCUGCCUUGAGUCGUGGUGCAAACGGCUUUAUGCCUUAUGGUGGCGAUGAAGAAAAGCGAAGCAGAUACCGUCUGUACCUUGAAUAUCAAUCUGGUCUCAAUAAAUCACUCCCUUCCAAAAUCCCAAGCAUGUCUUCUGAAGACUGGCUCAAGGAACUGCGCGAAUUCUCAAAUUGCGCUCAAAUAUUUAAGCCUAUUUCUACUACGAUGGCUUCUCGCUUCGUCUCAUCAGCUACCGUACCACAGGUAAAUUCUGGCUCUAAUACCCCCCUGUGCAGAGAUAGAAGCAAGCUCGAUGACCCUGCUGAGCAGGCUGCUAAGCUAUCUAUGUAUGGGCCUCUUACGCGUAGCUCCAAGGAAUGGUCACCUACUCGCCUGCUUUGCAAAAGGUUCAAUGUCAACCCCCCUGCUCACGUACAGCCUUGCGAUACUGAAAUAGCGGGAAAAAAUACGUCACAACUCUCAGGGCCAGGAUUGAUAUCUAAGAAUACUUUAAAGAGUACAGUUUCUACAUCCUACUCACAUGACAAUCACUCGAUUUCGGAAAGCUUUGUUGAGGUCGAAUCUUUUAAAAAUACGUCAAAAGAUGAAAAUAUUAUUGUCGAUGCUGGUAAGAACGAAGCAUUAGAGGCAAGAAGAGCCGGAGAGGAAGUGUUUAAAGCUAUAUUUGGGGACACUAGUGAUGAAGAUUGUUGA